ACCAAAACGCAUACUACCAAAAUCAGUGAUUGAACCAUGUAGUGCAUCUGAUUCAUGUGUUUCUUAUCUCUCAUAUCGCCUUCCAUGGGACUCCAAAAUUUCCGAAAUAGCUUUCAGAUUCCGAAUCAACGUCUCUGAUCUCUUAGUAGCGAACUCUAUCGACUCAAAUCAACCAAAUCAAAUCCUACCCCAAAAAUCAUUGGUAAAAGUACCAAUUUUAUGUUCAUGUGUGGAUGGAAUACGACGAUCUGUAUCCACACGUUACAACGAUUGGUGCAACGGAUACUUUGAUGUCAGUAUCGGAAGUGUAUGGAAGACUGGUUAGUGCAGAACAAAUUGGGAAUGCUAAUGGGAUUGAUGAAGAAAAUACUUUAUCAAGUGGACAGAGUGUUGUGAUUCCUUUGCCAUGUACUUGUUUUAAUAAUAGUAAUAAUGGUGCAGAUAGUGUGUAUAUGUCUUAUGUGGUGCAAAGUGGAGAUGAAUUAACAAAAAUUGCAACAGAAUAUAGUGUAACAAUUGGUAAUUUGGAGAUCAUAAAUGGACUUGGCCAAAAUCAAAUUGAUCCAGGGGAUAUUCUGGCUAUUCCACUUGCUGCAUGUUCAUCAGCAAAUCUGAAUUGGUACAAUGAAAGCUUAAUAGUUCCCAAGGGUUCUUAUGCUUUAACUGCUAACAAUUGCAUCAAAUGUGGAUGCAGACCUACUGAUCUCAGCCUGGAUUGUUCACCUUCUGGAAUUGUGGAGAAAUGUUCACAUUUACAGUGCAAAGAUUCCAAUAUCUUCAUUGGAGAAAGGCAUGAAAAUCAUACAACAUCUGGUUGCAAUGUGACAGCCUGUAUUUAUCGUGGACAUCUCGGAGGCAAAAUAUUUAGAAGUUUGGUGAAUUCAACUGAUGUCAAGUGUUUAGGUAAAGAGAGUGAGGGUACAGAGUCACCAAUGGAGUCUCCACCAAGUAAUUACAUAGCACCAUAUUUAGGUCCAUCUCAUUACUCACAUUCACCCAAAAAUCAUUCAUUAGGACUACUCAAUUCCAGUUCUGCUCAUAGAUAUACUCAAAAAUCACUAUCUCAACCAUUACAUUUUAUAAUCUUAUUGCUUUUUGAGCUUAUCUUUGAAAUAUUCUUGUAAAUAAAAAGAUUUUAUCUUGGAGAAAAUGGGGUAAUGAAAAUCAAACUUACAGUCA